ACUGAGAUUUCAACCUCAGAAGUAAAUUCCAGUUGAUGUUCUUUUUUCUUUUUCAGGGUACCAAACAUCACCUGACACAGUCCAUCACCAUGACAGCCUUGAUCAUCCAUGCUGUUAUUUUGCUCUUGAUUUCUUCAUUGGUACUUGCCAAGAGUGGCUCGCCACCGAAGGGACACCCCUGCGUUCCCUACUCUCAGCCAUGGCAAGCGGCUGUCUACAAAGCCUUCUCUUUCUACUGCGGUGCCAUCCUCCUAGAUCGGAAGUGGGUACUCACAGCAGCUCACUGCAAAAAUGGACUUAUCCACGUCCGGCUUGGAGAAAGAAACCUGGAUUGUUAUGAUGGGACGGAACAAUAUAAACAUGUGAUCAAAGCUAUUGUUCAUCCUGGAUUCAAUCACUCAACCCACAGCAACGAUCUCAUGCUGCUGAAACUGAUGACCCCAGCAAGGCUGAACUGCUAUGUACAGCCCUUGGGACUGUCUUCCUGGAGAGCAAGCCCUGGAAAAAUGUGUUUGGUAUCAGGAUGGGGUGCUCCUAUAAAUGCUCAAAGCCAUGUCCCCCUGGUCCUUUACUGUGCAAAUGUCAAGAUAGUCUCUCACCAUCAGUGUGAGGCUGAAUACCCAGGUCAAGUGAGCAGGAAAAUGGUAUGUGCUGCCGCCUUAGAGGGAGGCACAGACUCCUGUGAGGGAGACUCCGGGGGACCCCUUGUUUGCGAUGGCAAGCUCCAAGGCGUGGUGUCUUGGGGAGAUGUCCCUUGUGCCACCAGCACCAAACCUGGGGUCUACAUGGACAUUUCCACAUAUGAAGACUGGAUCAAGAAAACUAUACUUGAGAACUAAUAUCACAGAGAAACAGGACUGUGUUUUUUCAAAUACUGAAGUCCUGGAAGAAACCAUCUUAAGUGAA